AUGCUCGCGCGUGAACCUUUUGCUAUCGAAAACGUCACGUUCCAACUCCGGCGUCUCCUCGCUCAGCAACUUGGGCCUUCCAUUCCCAAACCGCUUGACUUCGUGACCUUUGACCCAUCGGCUACCUUUGUUGCCUUGCAGACGAUCCUAGAUCGGACGCAUCGCGACUUGGCGUAUUUGGUGCAAGAAGAGUCCGACCUGAGUGCCGAGUUGGACCGUCUCGAACAAUUGUCUCGACAGGUUCUCACCGCUGCAGACGAAGGCCAACCUAUUGGUCUCCAGCAUUACACGGAUGUUUGGUACGUGAAGACUUUUGACACGUUCUUGAUCUACACCGCUGCGCACCCAUCCCGCUGGCCGACCGUGAAGCCGCCGCUUCUCCCUCCGCUCCCCCCCUCGACUUCAUCUUAUCCACGCCCGCCGCACAGAGAUCCUACUGACGUUCGGUAUCGCAGCCGGACGUCGGCAGCCUCUGUCGACUUGGUCCUGGAGAGCGCGCAGCGUACACAGUCGGCCACGACGGACCUCCCCAAUGGGUUUGCCAAGCAUCGCCUAUUGACCUCGCAAGGCUACGACCGUUCCGAGCCCUCUGACCGACCGAACCCAGUCUUGGAGCCUGCUGUUGCCCUCGAUGGCAGCGCUGGCGUCCCCUCCGACAGCGAAGAUCGCGCAAGCGACCAGGACGGCAAGACUGGCGCUACGGCGUCUGCCCAAGCAGCCCCGGCAACCUCCAUCGAGAACCCGAUCGAGAUGGAGGAGGUGCCAAGCUCGGAAUAUACCGACUUGGACCUUGUGCAUCCGCCCCCACUCCCGCUCCCCCCGUCGCUCCUCGAGUCGCUUGAUGCGCUCCCUGUCUCUCUUCCUCCCCUGCCGCCUUCUCCCUCGUCGUCGACCCAGUCGUCAUCGUCUGAGCUGGCCGUCAAAGAGCAGACCCACGGCGCUCGGGUUGACCGGAAAGCUCUCAUGGCACCACCAGAGAAGCCAACCGACACCACUCCGGUUCCUGACCCUGUGGCGAAGGCGGCGACUCCGUGCCAUCAUCUUUUCGAGUGGGCGGCACCGCAGCCCUACGAAGAUGGCAAGUGGCCCAAGCGUUUCCUCGCGGGUCGUCCUGAAGGCGGUUUGCGGCAACGUGAAUCGUCCUAUCGCCGGCUCGCCUCGAAGAACAGCCGCAGGGUCGUCAAGACCCCGGCCGCUGUUUAUCGUCCUACCAAGGUCGACACAGCUUCGAAUGCUGAGCCGCUUGUCUCUCUGCCUGCCCCCGAUGCCAUUGCCGGGCAUCCUAUUAGUACUGGCUUGCCAAACCCCUCGGUUUCUUCUGUCUCCCCCGCCAACGUGUGUCUCCCGCCUUCUCCCGACGUCAUCGCCACUCCUGACGCUGGCGACUGCCAGCCGGAGUUCAUGGACAUCGAGUCCCACCCAGAGCCACACGAGAUAGUUGACCAACUUAACCUGCCGAUGGUCACCCCGGCCGUUGAGUUGCCAGAUAUCCCAUUGUCCCAGCCGACCCCGUUCCUCUUUGGCGCAGAAGCCCUCGUCAACAGCAACCCUGCCGAAUUCGACUUUGACAUGGGCGACAUUGACGUUGGAUUGAUGCCCCCGGAAUUGCCGUUGCUGCCUGAUAUUCCCGAUGCCGAUCUUGACGCAUUGGUUGAGCAGAUCAACAAUGGGAACUGGACCGAGUUUGAGCAGGCCAAUGCCGCAACUUGGAGCGCUCUGCUUGCUGACCCAUUUAUCGACGCUUCUUUCGGUGCCGAUAUGGUGGCUCAGUUGGACCUCGCAUUUCCAGAGCCAGAAAUGGCGACGGAUCUAGCGCCCCAGCCCGCGUGGGAGCAGGAGACACCCGCCUUUGACGUCAACUUGCCGCUUUUUGAGCCGCAACUUGCCCAGACGCCUCUUCCUUUCGAGGCGGACCACCCUUUUGCCAUGAUGCUUGCAGAAUGGCACCAGGAGAAUGGCACUGUUAACUUUGAAGUUGCAGACGCCAGUGGUCUGGCCCCAGCACCGGGUGUCCCAGUGGUUCAGGCGCCAGCGGAUAUGGCAAAUCCGUUUCCUGCCCCAGCAGCCACCGAGCAGAUUCCGUUUCCAAGUGCGGCGGACGACCCAUGGCUUCCAGUUGCCGGGGAGUCGACAUCGGCCGCGGGAGAGGUGGUCACACCUCUAUCGCCUGGCCCCAUGUUGCACGACCCGUACCUGGAGGCCAUGUGGACGACCUCAUUCCCCAUCGAUCCCUUGAUCGACACCGCUCCUGCGGUGCUGCCCACAGUGACAGGUGGACUAUCGCCUGCCGUCGACAAUGUGGAGGGACGUUAUCCCGCGUCCACGUCCAAGUCGAAACCCGAGCCACUCCCAAACUCGCUUCCUGCCGGUGACGAGGCGCAGUCUGGCGCAAGCCAGCCCCCGACCACCGCCGCGAGUUGCCUCGACCAAGCAAAGGAGGUUCCCAAGGCAGUACCUGCAAAGGUAGAUGCUGACUCCUCUGCGCGUCCGUCUCGCAAGCAGAACAGCAAGGGUAAGGGCAAGGUGAAGGACAAGGACACACCAGCCGCCAAAGCCGAGGUGAGCCAACCUGAGAAGUCCAGUGCCAUCGCUGGCCGGAUCAUCAAAAAGGCCUGCCCCAAAUGGAGGCGCGCAGCAGGGCCUUUGAAGCCAUCUCCGGUUGCUGGUGAGGGAUCCAGCGGAGGGACGAGUAAGCCCGUUUCGGCGGUUCCUGCUCCGACACCGACGUCCCACGAUGGGAAGGCUGGUGCUCCGAAUAGCGAGAGCCCAGCAUCAUCUGCCAACGAUGGCAACGACGAGCCGCUGGUCGAGGAUGACAACUUGGAGCAGCCGCUGUUUGCACCCAUUCCCUUGGAAAUUGCAAACGCGGCCCUAGCGGCGGCAUCUGCGAUUCCGAACUUUGCCCAGCAUAAUCGGAUUUGCGACGACCGUUUGGUCUUGAUGCUCAUCGACCCCACUGUCCAGGAGUACCUGGGCAAGCUGGACAAAGUCGUUGACGUCGGCUCUUUCCAGCUGGAACUCGAAGAUGGCGUUGAUGAGAGCUUACCCGAACAGUGGAGCGGUGCUGCAAGGGACGAGAUGGCUUUCAUCCUCGACCCCAAAUGGGAGUCUUUUGACACCGAUUGGGACUCUUCGGGUUCCAUUCUGAAAGAGCUCGCCACAGCUUGGCUAGAUGCCGUGACAGCAUGGCCCGAGAUCAGUCGCUUCAACCCAGAGGCUCUUCGGAGCAGUCUGUUGGCGGCGCUGGUUGACGAAGGCCUGCUGUUAUGA